AUGUCACCACCCAGCUCCACCAAUACCGCCAUCACCGUCGGCUCUCACUACGACGACGAUGACACGGAGAGCCUGACUGACAGCGUGAGAGAGCACACGUACGAGAACCGCCUGCGUUACCAUGCGUAUCGCUCGGGACGCUACGCCUUCCCGAACGAUGCAACCGAACAGGAUCGAGACGAGAUGAAGCACAUCAUCAGCGUCGAGCUGUGUGGAAGGUACUUUUUUUCGCCCGUUCAAGAUGCACUGACGAGAGGUGCCGAAAUCCUUGACCUAGGUACCGGCCCCGGCCAUUGGCCCAUUGAAUUGGCCGACUUGAAUCCCAAUUCUACCUUUCUCGGCAUUGAUCUAUCGCCUAUCCAACCUCACGAAGUUCCUCCCAACUGUCACUUCAUGGUCGACGACAUUGAACACGAAAAUGGAUGGGAUCUGGACAGGGACCAUUUCGACUUCAUUCACCUUCGACACACUUUACAUUCGGUUCGCAAUCGCCCAGAGCUCAUGCAAAGGGCAUAUGAACACUUGAAACCCGGCGGAUGGUUCGAGAUUCAGGAGCUCGAGUUCUUCCCUCUUUGCGACGACCAGUCCUGUCCGGAAGGAGAUGGGUAUGGAUUCCGGGUCUUUACGCAGUACCUGGAAGCAGGGCUCAGGGUCCUUGGUUCAGAAAUGCAUGGUAUCCGCGCAGCAGUCAGUGAAAUGCAAGCUGCAGGGUUCAAAAACGUGCAAGAGGACAGGCGGAAGUGUCCCAUUGGCGACUGGCCGGCGAGGCCUGAGCUACGAGAGUGCGGCAUCUACAUGAGAGAAACGAUCCUGGAGGGCCUCAAGGGCCUAGCGACACGACCCUUCAGGGCCCUCGGCUGGACGGAAAUACAGAUUGAGAUGUUUCUCUUGGGCGUGAGGGGACACGUGAAAGAGAGAGACUUUCAUACCUAUCUCUUUCACAGGACCGUAUACGGACGGAAACCACUCGAUGCAUCGGAGCGGUAA